ACAGUGACGGUCGGAUCGCUCACUCAUCAGCUGUCUGUCAGGCCAGCACGCCACAAAGAGCAGCUUGACACCCGGCCGGUAUGGAGGGAGAGAUGCAGCCCGCGGAUGAAGGGCCCUGCGCCCCGAAGAUGUGCCGACAGCUGCGGGGUCCGUACAGCACCCUGAAGCCCUUCCAGAGCAAGCGCUCCGCGGGGAAGUCGCGCUUUGACCGGUCCGCUGCUUUGGAGCCGCCUGUGUUUGGCGACGGGCAUCCCUUCACUUUCCAUCCCGAGCAGCCUCAUCCUUUCCAGCAGCAGCAGCAGCAGCAUCAGCAGCGCCUGCAGCACCUCCACCAAAGCAGCGUCGCUAUCAGCAGCAGCCAGCAGCAUCACCCGCUGCCUCAGCAGCAGCACCACCGUCUCCCAUGUGAGGCCAGGCCCAGCAGCAGGGUCCCGACAUCCACCUCAGCGGCCACGGCAUCCCUCGGCUCCCAGCGGCGCUCCGGCAGCGGUUCGGAGCCCCGGUUCUCCCCGGACUGCACCUACGGAAUCAGCACAGAGAACCGUCUCAUCCUAGAUGCCUUCGCCCAGCAAUGCAGCCGAGUCCUCAACCUUCUCAACAAUGGCCGUCUCCUGGAGCCUCUGUCUUCCUCCCUCAGCUCUAACAUCAAGCUGGAAGACGGGCGAGGGGACACUCAGGGUCUCCACUGCUCCUCUCAGGGGAAGCUGAAACCCCCAGAGAGCUCCUCCACCACCGACCCCGAGGACGAGGCCCAGCAAAGCCAUUCCAACCAGCACCAAACCUCUGCAGUCCUCCGCAUCUUCACGGACUCCCUGCAGAGCUACCUGCUCUCUGGGCCUCAGCAGCACCUGGCUGCAGGUCUCGAAGGGGAGCAGUGUGCUCCCGCCGAGCGCAGUUCAGACGUGGGGGGAUGGGGGUCCCCGGCUCCGUCAGAGUCGUACGGACACCCGUCGUCCACGCUGCCAGAGGAGGAAGAGGAGGAGGAGAGCUGCUGCCCCCGCUGCCUGGAGCUGGAGCAGGAGGUGCUGUGUCUGCAGCAGGAGAACGAGGAGCUGCGUAACAAACUGGAGAACAUUCCAGUUCCCUGCCAAAAUACUCUGGACUACUUCAAGGCUGUUCUUGAAUUUCACAACCAGCUGGCCCAGCAAAUGCCAGAGGAGCAGCUCACCGAGCAGUGUGACAAUAUGGAAUUAAAAGAUGUAUCUCUGCAGGAGGAAGAACAAACCGUCUUUGAGGGGAGUAAACAGCUGCUGGAGAACUACCCGCUCUUCAUCACCAACAAGCAGUGGGACGAAGCCGUCAACUCCUCCAAGAAAGAUGGCCGACGGCUCCUGCGAUACCUGAUCCGCUACGUCUUCACCACGGAUGAGCUCAAGUUCUCCUGCGGUUUGGGUAAGAGGAAGCGCUCGGUGCACUCAGGAGACCCGGGCCUGGAGAGACGCCCACUCAACCCGGUCAAAGUCAGCUGCCUCAGAGAGUUUAUCCGGAUGCACUGUGCCUCAAACCCAGACUGGUGGAUGCCCUCAGAGGAGCAGAUCAACAAAGUAUUCAGCGACGCUGUUGGCCACGCCCGCCAGGGCCGGGCGGUGGGGACGUUCCUGGGGAGCAGCGGCAGCAGCACCAGCAGCCUCUACAUGGACGGCUUCGACGGACAUCUGUCGCAGGAUGAGCUGUUUCUGAAAGGCUGCCAGAACGGCCAGUCGGACUGAAGCUAUACAAAAAGUGAUGAACCUUAAUAUGUAGCUGUACAACAACAUAUCCAGAAACACCAACCUUUAUCUAAAAACAUUCCAGAGAAAGCGUGUUAUACAGAAUACAAUUCCAGCCCUUGCUUUAAAUAAUUUUAUAACCUUUUUGGUUGUUUUAUACUUGCAUUUUUUGAGUCAAAAUUUGACUUUUGCUAGUUUUCAAUUUUAAAAGAAUUUGAGUCUUCCUUUUUGCUACUUUAAAUAUAACUUGAGUUUAUUUCACUGUCAGUGAGUUAUGUUUUGGGCUAAGUUAGUUUCAGAGAAUAUUUUGUGUUAAAUUUAUAGCAUAGUUGUGUUAGAAUUUCCCUAUAUCUACACAAGCUGCACCUUCAUAAUAUUCAAAGCUAAAAGUAGCAUUUAAUCUGUUUGCAUCUGUAUGUAGUGAAAGCACCUUUACCUGAAAUUUUUAACAGGAGUGCCUCUGACAUCGAAACAUUCGCUUGUUCGCUCUGCUGCGCGUUGACUUUGAUUCAAUCUUCAUUUAAUUUAAACAAAAAUAUGUGGGUCAACACUAGACAUUAGUUCCAAGUCACAACCAAACUUUAAAGUUACCUUGUUAUAUUUUGGAGGUAGUUACAUGUAGUUGAAUCUACGUAUUUAUUUUUUUAAAAGCCUCCAGUCCCUUCUGCAGCACACCACACACAAAACAUGAUGCUGCAGCCACCACCGUACUUUAUAGUUGGGAUCCUUAUUCACAAUUUUGCAAGCAAAUGUUUUUUUGCAAAUGUUUUUCCAUGAUCGCUUUGGCAAAAAAAAAAAAAAUUGACUUUUGGCAGUUUUAAAGGAGAUUUUCUUUUAAUUCAUUGGAGUGCUUCUAAGUUACACAGUAAGUGCUAGGUAUAAAACACAAUAAAUUCAAGAUUACUAAAAACAUUUAAAUUUAAAGCAACUAAACAAAAAUUUCAUUCUUGAAAUUUGUUUUUAGAAAACACUGCAAUUAAGACAAGCAUAAAUUUCGAAGUCACUUUGAAAAGAAAUAGUUACAUUAAAUAUCAGUCUUUUUUGGGGGAGGGUGUUCAAUUGUUUUGGACUUCAGGGCAACCUUACAGCACAACUUUAACCAAAGUUUUCUGUGUCUUUAACCCGUUUACAGUCCAGUAAUUAGUCCUGCUGAAUUGAAAUAAGACUGUAGUUUGCAUUUUUGUCUGAAUUUGCAACAAUACCGCUACUUUUUGCUCAAACACUGUUGCCUACCAGGUUUGAAUAAUUCUCUUUUUACACACUUCCUCUUUUUGUUGUUAGUUUCAUUUUUAUUAUGCUAUUUUUGUCAAAGGUUGAUCAAAGCAGUUUUCAGAAGAUAUGCACAGCAUGUCAUGAAUAGAUCACACUGUCACAAUAAUUGUAUUAAAAUUCGUAGAAAAUACACUAUUUUGCCAAAUUUGUUGGAUCACCCAUGGAAGUGAUUAAAUCCAGGUGCUCCAAUUUCUUCCAUAUUUACAGGUGCAUAAAAUUUAGAACAUAGGGCUGCAGACUUCUUCCUCUCUUUUAAUAUGCCUUCUCGUCCAACAUUAGUAUCUGACCUUACAAAUCCACUAUUGGAAGAAUAGGAAACAAAAAUGCACAUAAACACACUUCUUAGCCUGGUGGGAGGUUUUACCAGAAGAUUUCUACCUGUCAUACCUGCAAUGGAAGAGCCAACAUCCUACUAAAUACUAUUUAUUAAGUCAGACAAAUGAAACCUUAAUGCUUAUUGUAAUUUAACCAACUUAAUAUGGCAGCAGUUAGGAGCAAAUCACAGGCAACAGUAAAGAUCUUUAGUUUAAGGCAGUUGCCACUUUAUGAAGCUUAAAUGAGUAAGAAGGCAUCCACAUAGUACAAUGUUAAAGCUUUGUGUCAUCAUGUGAUGUGUGUUGUUCCCUGACAACGACUGAAAGUGUCAACCUCCUCUGAGAGAAAACGUGAAGCACUUGUUUAUUUCUAAAGCUGUUAUUUGCACUUUUUAUGGUCUCACUUGGGACAAACAGAUGUAAAGAGCUAAAUACUCACCUCAAAAAAGACUUCAUACUGAACAACUUUCUUUGCGUUAUUAUGUAACACUGUUUUCUUCAUCUGAAUGUAGCUGAUCGUGAGGCCAAGUCACCCAUAAAACGUGCUGUGUAAAUUGUGUAAAAUAAAGUAUGGUUAUUGUUAACGUUUUUUUUUUCUUUCAGAAAAUACAUUGUCUCCCUCUUUAAAAAGCCAAGUAGAUAAGUGCCAGAGAAACCUUAAAACUGUUGGAUUGUGCUGUUGUGUUGCUGUUCUGAAUGUGUGCAUUUGUUCCCAUGUACUUCUUUACUCAAAGUGGCUGUAAUCAACACUGUGAAACAUUCAAUUUUUACAAAUAUUCAGUAAAAGUUGUUUUUUCUUUUUUUUUAU